AUUAUUGAACACUAAACACAUUUGUCACAUUAAUAUCAAUUUAUCAAGUCGGCUGUUAUAUCAAGAUCAAGAUUGGAUAACAUACAUAUGGUUGUUGCCAGGAUCAGUUACUUGCAGGGUGCCAGCAGGCCUGGAAAGUAUCUGUUUUGUUACCAGAGCGGGUCUUCAUUAGCGCAAGACUACAGACGGGUGAGCCUGGAGUGUGUGAUCAAUAGAAGUGGUAUACGAGCAAUGCCAGACAGGAGGAGGCAGAGACAGCAACGAGUUCGUCAUGAUGCUGGAGGUACCCAAAAUCCAGUCGGGGCAAGUAACAGAGAGCCCGAACCAGAGAAACCUGCAUCUGGUAGGCCUCCUAGACAAGCUUCUUCAGGUGUGGUAUAUGCUGAGCCAAAGGAAUAUGAAUCAGUUACAAUUAUGCCAGACAAGGAGGUAGCAGAGCCUCAAAAAUAUCAUCGUCCUGGAGUUUUGAGUAAUUGGUCUCGCUAUGAGGAAAUUUCUACUGAUGAUAUUGAAGAAGGUGAAGAUUAUCUUCUAGGGGAGGACUUUUCUCAAGUGUUGGAACAACAAGCUACUUCAGGCGGAGGAUACCUGCAGUUGAAGGGAGAAUCUAAUUGGGAGGAAAAUGAAUCAAGCAUCCUUGCAUCACAUGGCUUGGGAGUGUUGCACAUUGCAGAUUUGGUAUCUGCCAUUAAUACCCUGCCACUUUAUACUCAACUUAAUAUGCCUGAGGAAUCACUUCCAGAGUCUAUUUUGGAAUAUUAUACUCAUCUAGCUGAAGAUAACAAGAAACUUUAUCAUCCAAACAGCAAGAACUAUAAUGAGUGUCUUGAUGUAAAUCAGAAAAUUAUCCAAAGUUUAAAAAUCAGUGACAAUGAGCCUCUAGAUCUUGCAAGUGAGGAACCAGACAAUCAUACCACAAGAAGUGCUGUAGAUGUUGCUAUGUCAUUAUCCAAAGACUUUGACCAAGUGCCUGAGGAUGUUGAUCUUGCAGCAUUUAUACAAGAACCAAUAGCAGAGAGGCAACCUAGUCCUGUAAAGCAACCGAGUCCCUUGAGACAAUCUAGUCCACAAAAGAUACUCCCACCAGUGAAACAGCCUUGUAUCAAAGAGCCCAGUCCAGUGAAGCAGCCUUGUAUCAAAGAGCCCAGUCCAGUGAAGCAGCCUUGUGUUAAAGAGCCCAGUCCAUUGAAGCAGCCUUGUGUUAAAGAGCCUAGUCCAGUUAAGCAACCUUGUGUUAAAGAGCCUAGUGCAGUGAAGCAACCUUGUGUUAAAGAGCCUAGUCCAGUGAAGCAGCCUUGUGUCAAAGAGCCCAGUCCAAUUGAUCAGCCAUUUGUCAGAGAGCCUAGUCCAGUAAAACAGCCUGCUAUUAAAGAGCCCAAUCCAGUGAAGCAGCCAUGUGUCAAAGAGUCUAGUCUAAUGAAGCAGCCUGAUAUUCAAGAGCCCAGUCCAGUUGACAAGCCAUAUAUCAAAGAGCCCAGUUCAGCAAAGGAGCCUGCUGUUGAAAAAAGCCUUCCACAAAGAAGAAAAGGAAGGAAACAAGCAAUGACUGAACCAGAAAAUAAGUCAAGCACUCAAAGCAAAGACAAAGGCUCCAUACAGUUUGAUUUUGGUCUUCCAAAGAAAAGCUCCAAGAUUACUAACAAACCAAGUGAAUCUGAUGUGUCCAAAGUGAAGACUUCUUCCACUCCACUUGAUGUGAAGGACAUCCUAAAUGUGAAAGUAGAUGAUUCAUCAACACAGGAUGAAGAUAAUAAGGGCCCAACAGUAGAUUUAGAUGCUCCAGAAGAAAAGAGCAAACCUGUUUUAUUGGUCAGUGAAACAGAAGCUGAAAACUUGGAAGAUUGGUUAGACUCAAUGCUGGAUGAUUAGAGAUCAAAUAUAUUCUAGGAUUCAGACUUUCAUGAGAUUAUAUGACCAGAGGAACAAGAUUUUGGAAUCUUUCAAAGUGGAGGCUCUAGAUGUUCAUUAUUGGAAAUUUCUCGUAAUAUAUUUCAAAAUAGACAGGAUUAUUUAAUCUUGAGUUUGAUUGAAACUGGUUUUAUGAGAAUAUACUUUACUUUAUUAUUGAAAUGUAAAUUAACAAAGAAAACUGAUCACUAACAUAACUGAAAAGUAUUUAUUUAACCCAGUUGAGGCACUUAUUGGUCUCAGUAUACUCAGACAAAAUGAAAGUGAUGUAAGGGAAAAGGAGACCAAGAAGAUAGAGAGAGCUACAAGAAUGAGUUAUGGUGAGAAAGACUGGAUGACUCAUUUACAAUAUACAGAUGUUUACUUUGUCAUUAACCUCUUAUAACCAAUAGAUAGUAUAUCAAAUGUAUUAAACAGAAAUCAAGAACUAAUGGAAAGUUAAGUAUUAAAACAUUAAAACUUUUAUCAUUACUUGACAGUUUGUUGUGUGUUUGCUGCUCUUCUUCUGUGUUGUAUCCCACUUUGCUGCUCUUCUUCUGUGUUAUAUCCCACUAUCAUGUUACUGAAGAGAAAUACCAGUGUAAAUUGUUAUCCACAGUCUAUGCAAGUGUUAUGAUCAUUGAAUGUAAAAUCUUCUGAAACAACAUUUUCAAAAGCUUUAACUUAUCUAAUUGGCUGACAUUGAAUGAAUAAUGUACUUGCACUCCUUCAUUUGUACCUUAUAGUAAUCUCCAUGUGGAAUGAAGAGAUUAUUUCAAAUUUUUUCAGUAUUUAUUUAUUUAUUUAUUUUUGUCAGAACACACUACACGUCUAUAUCCGUGCUCAAUGUUUUGCAUUACUGAACAUGUACUGUAUUUUCAUACAAGUCUCCUCCGUGCUGCUAAGGUACAUGACAGUGAAAGGUAGUAGAUGUGCUACAAAGGAUGGAUAGGAUUCUUGUUGAAAUUUGCAUGAGAUGUUGAAAUUUGCAUUAGGGAUUUGUCAUCACUGUUAUGCUAUGAAAAUGUUUAUUGCAUGUUUACAUGGGGCUUUAGUGAUAUGAAGAAAAAAAAAAGAAAAGAAAAUUAUUGAUUAUACUUUGCCAUUAUUCUGUUAAAAUAAUGGAUAAUGUAAGCAAUUAACUGAGAUAUUGGAGAUAGAAUUUGCACUUCAAGAUUGGAAUUAAAGCCCUUGUACUGGUAACUUAAAAGUAAGAAAAAGAACAAUUAUCUUUGCUGUCAUGUACUACAUAAGCUUUUACCAUGCAGGGAAAAAGGUGGUAGUGGAAUAAAGUAAUACUGAUAUCACAGAUUUUUCUCAUGAACUUAAAUAUAGAAUUCUAAAUUUGAAUUAGGUUUCCUGUGCUAUUAUAAGACAGAAUAGUGUGCUUCUGUAAAUGAUGGAAAAUUUGCCUUUAUGACAACAAGCCAAAGUUGUGAUAUAAAAGUUAUAUUUAUUUA